UCAGAUCAUCGGGUGUAUAUAUUAYAGGGAGAUCGGAGCAGUGGGUCAGUGACCGAGCUGCAGCCUGCAAAGGAGUCAGAAUAAAAGAGCAGUUGAGAAACAACAGACGGUCAGGUCUCCAGCAUGCGUGGUCUUGUGGUGUUGCCUCUGCUCCUGUGCACAGUGCUGUGUGUGGUGGACCAGGCGAGAGCAGAUGGGAAGGCRGUGAAGUUAUGCGGUCGAGAGUUCCUGAGGGCUGUUGUCUUCACCUGCGGAGGCUCUCGCUGGAGGAGGUUCUUCACCGAGCCAGACGUGGAUGGUCUGAAUGCAGGGGAGCAGAACAGCCUGGAGAACCUUAGUAGUCCUGGAUCUGAGUGGACCAAACGAGACCUUAAUAACGUGGUAACCAACAUGUGCUGCCAGGUGGGCUGCAGGAAAAGUGACAUCAGCUACCUCUGCUGAGGACCCUUUAAAAGGACAAAAAUAAAAAACAAAACUGAAUCACAUGCUGACAAAUGAUCCAUGUGCAACUUGUGAGAUUUGUUGAUGUGACUGUGACAUUUCUGUGUGAACCUGAGCAGGAGAAUAUGUGUAACGAGAAAUAUAUAUUUAAAUAGAGAUUAGAAAAUGCGGGAUUUGUUGAUCAUACUCUGUGUGUAAAAAAAAAAAAUACUAAACCAGGAUUGUGUUGUUGUGACCUCAUCUUUAAAAUAAAUUSACAAAAUGUCAGCUUGGGUUUUGUUGUCUCUUUAAAAACCUUGAGUUGUAUUUAAUCCUUUACAAUUGUCUAAUAAACGUUCUUGCACAAA